GAAAACGGGAAGUCGCUCAUGCCACGAAACGUUAAACAUGUCCUGCAUCAUGUAUGCUAAGUUCAAGCGUUGUCUCAAGUUCCACCUGCUUUUGGCGUUCACCGUGGCCAACCAUUUCUCAGGAAUCAGCAGCUCAGUCUCCAUGCACUUCAUUUCCGUGCCAAAAUGGAGGAACCUGCAUCCCAGAUUACAACUGUUACGACUGUCUUUGUAGAGAAAGUUUCAUUGGGACACAUUGUGAGAGAGUCUAUUGCAAGUUCGAUUUUGAAAAUGGAAUCGACGACUGGGAGAAGACUGGUACAGUGUUUGAUAACCAGCCGACAUACGGUGAUAAUCCUACAGCUCGUAGCAGAGGCCAGCCAUCCAAUCACCAGGGAGACUGGUGGAUUGGAGGAGCCGAGCACCGACCUAACAAAUCCUCAGUACCAGGAUUAACGCAACCAGGAAAUGGGGACAGGCCCCAGGGAACCCUGACCUCCCCAGCCUUCGAAAUUAUUGGUCCAAUAAUCUCAUUUCUUAUUGGCGGAGGUUGUGACGUAAACGUUGUUCGUGCUGAAUUGAUUGUUGGUGGCCAGGCUGUGAAGAAUGAAACCGGCGAUUGUAGUGAGACAAUGACCCGAAAGGAGUGGAAUGUCAAAGAGUUCAUUGGUAACAAUGCUCAACUUCGACUGGUCGACCUCAGCUCUGACGGUUGGGCACACAUCAAUUUCGACGAUCUGAGAGGAAACAUAAGCUGCACAGUCUGAGAAAAAAAGAUGACGGCCUAAACUGAUCAGAGUAUUAUUAAUGACCUUCUAUUGGUCACCAGUUGUAGUUACUUGACAUUGUUCGAGUCACGUUUCUCUCAUGUGAUCAACAAAGCAGUACUGGUAGUUUGUUUGUCCUGACUCUGUUCUCUCGUACAUUUUUGCUGGUGCAUAUGAUUUUGCUCACUUCUCUUUACAAGAGAUUCAAGUCCCUCAUGCAGCAGCACAUGUAUAUCCAGGUUAAGUGAUUCAAAUUUAAUUGUCAUAAUCUUGCUGUCACACUUCAAAAUUUAGCAAAGAUAAAGGUACAUCAUGUGGAUCACUGCCGAGCAAAUAAAGCCUAACACUGUCUACUCACUAUAAGAAGAUUCGUUAUCAGUGAGAGGGUCUUAAUGGAGUGUGGCUGUUACUGCUAAUGGUAAAACGUUUGGCCACUUUACAGCUAACGGUUAAUAUCAUACCAGUUGUUGUCACCAGAAACUUUUUGUUACGGUGAACUCUUUUUGGGAGUGUCGGUUGAAAUUUGUCAAUUUUGACACCUAAUGGCUAAAUUUUUCGACCUUCUUGCGGCUAUCGGUGAACCCCAUUGAGACCCUCGUGUAGCCGAUUGUAAACAAACAAGAAACCUUCUGUAAGCCAAAAUAAUUUUCACCUACUAAUAAGUUAGCAUAGAAAGCUAUGCAAGAUGUAUAAUAUUGACAUGAUGAAACUGCAAGGAGUAUUUACAUGUAAAUCCCCUCUUGAAGUUGUAAGUGAUAAAUCUGGAAAUGCCAUCAAAGUUACUUUGCUAUACUUAAAUUGAAAAGAUUUCACUGCUCUUUUAUUGAUGAGUGGACAACCUAUUCUAUUUAUGCCGCCCUUACAUAGCUCCUACAAAUUUCCUUUCUUUUUUGCGAUUGGAAAGCUGCCUUUAAAUCGAAGAGGACUUUGAAAUAGGAGGCAACAAUGCUAUUUGAAAAAAAACGGCAGAGACGGCUAAGAUUGGAUAAUAUAACAACAGAUUGCAAAUGACAAACUUCGGAGAUCUCGCCUUAUCCUCUCUAAAAAGAACGCGCAGUGUUCAUGAACGAAGUCGGGCUGACUCCGUUAUAGGGCCAGACACAAAAAUCCUAUGUUUUUUUUUAUUCAUUUCUAGAGUCAAUCGGGAUUUUGAAAAAAAUCGAGGAAGUUCAGAAAACUUAAGUAUUUUUAGACGAUAAUUUUGAAAAAAAAGCUGAUAGCAUAAAAAAUUUUUACUUGGUCCUUCUUCCAGUUUCCGAGCGGGCUCCAUAAAAAUGUCAAACUCUGCCAACCUGUCGUUAUCGUUUGUUUGAAAGAGACUGAUAAAUGUAAGAAUACGAAGCUGACGAACCACUGUUAUUUUUUAGUAAAUAAUUGAUAAUUUUAAACCUGAUUGAAGGAGCUUCCACACAAUUUCACAGGAAUCUCGCAUUUUACGCAAAUGAAGUGUUAAUUUCUAACCAUAAUUAAGUCAAGUCGGGAUUUUUAAAGACAAUUUCGAGAUUUAAAGAGACAAAAGUGAGAUUUAUCGACAUUCUUUGGAGAAUUUCCAGAUAAUUUUAAGCCAUUUUUCGGGAUUUUUGUAUCUAGGCCUACU